AUGGAAGUGUCCCUUGAAAGCGUUGCCCAAGCCAAGACUGACGGCAAAGAAAGAGAAAUGCAAAAGCGAUCUGAAUCUAGGGGCUCCGAUUCAGGUGUUGAUAAUGAGACUUCUUCGCCAUCUCCACCCUGCAUUACAAGCACGAAAACAGGUCCGUUUGAGCCAUCAACUUCGCCACAACAGCUCACCAAUGAUCUAGGAAAAAUGUUUGUGGGAGGACUAAGCCAUACCACUACAGAAGAAACCCUCAAAACCUACUUUGGCAAGUAUGGUAGCAUCAAAGAAACUACAGUUAUGCGAGAUCCCAAUAACUUACGGUCAAGAGGAUUUGGAUUUGUGACCUUUGAGGAUCCAGCUGCUGUAGGAAAGGUGCUGGAAAGUGGACCUCACUACCUUGAGUCCAAGAAGAUUGAUCCAAAAUUGGCAGUGCCUCGAAUACCAGCCCAAAACUCGAAGCUCGAAACCUAUGGAUUGAUGAUGGAUAGAGAAACAAACCGACACCGCGGUUUCGCUUUUGUGACUUUUGAAAAUGUGGACGCAGCCAAUAAGGUUUGCGAAAUCCGCUAUCACAGGUUGGAUAAUAAGAGGCAAUACCUGCACGUCUCACAAGGCAUCAACUGGACUCUCUUUUUUCCUCAGGUGGAAGUGAAACGUGCCUUACCCAAAGAAGUAAUGAAGGGAGUAAACAAUUGCCAAAAAUCCAACCAAGCUUUUAACAGGCAUGCGAUCGGUGAGUCUCCCUUUAAGUAG